AGGUGGCGCGUUCAUUGUCGUCUGCAGAAAACUGUUUAGCCCUUGUGCAGCAGAAUGGGGACAGUGCUGGUGCAGUGUUUCGCUGCGUUUGUAUCCAUCGCUUUGAAUGGCGUGGCCACUCUUGUGGAACAUUUGCGGUGAGCAACGUUAAAGGAAAGCUUAGUGAGCAGAUUGCUAGCCGCUUGUUUGCGCGGGCUGUGCAAGCAUUACCUAACAUGGCAAACGCAAGGUCUUCAAUAAGUGUAAAUCAUGGCGUGGGAUUUCUCGUGGUACCGGAGCACCUGUUAUACUUCGGUGAAGUUGCAAUCCGGAGCAUGUACGUUCGAUGUGAAUGAGCAGCGCCUAAUACCACGAGUAAGAAGUCGCCUGUUGAGUCAAGUUCAAGACGCGUAGGCAUUCUUGAGCUCAUAAGGAGAACGCAGUACAGUUGGUACGAUCGUUAGCAUGAGCGUGCUUACGGAGAACUGCGUUCUUUCUCGCACCAGAGCUCAAGACUUGAAGAGCGUUCGCAAGCUGAACUGCUGGGGAAGUGAACUUGAGGACGUCAGUAUCGUGAGAAAAAUGUCGCACGUCGAGGUCUUAUCACUAAGUGUCAACAACAUAAGUACCCUGGCAGAUUUCGCUCAUUGCAAAAACCUUCAGGAAUUGUACAUCCGGAAGAACAACAUCCAGGACUUGAACGAAGUUCUGUACUUGAAAGAUUUGCCAAAACUCAAGAAUUUGUGGCUUGCUGAUAAUCCAUGUGCUGAAAAUGAGCAGUACAGGUUUACAGUCCUCAGGCAUUUACCAAACCUACAGAAGCUAGACAACCAAAAUGUUCAGUGCCAGGAAGUGGAACGAGCAAAGGUGCAGGGGUUAUCUCUGAAUUUGCCAGUGGCACCCUCUGAAGCUACACAAAAUGAAGACCAUUCUGGUGGCCUCAAAUUCCACCAGCCUACAGUAGGAGCACAAGUAUCUGGGCCACAGAAUGGAAGUGAUGCCAGACGCCAUAGCGUUCGUCCAAAAGACUUGGAUGUUGGAGCUCCUCAAGUUGAAUCCCCAAACAAGCAACAGAAUACCACUAGUGCAAGCUUAGCUGGAACUCUUUGCAAGGACCCAGUGCAAAAUGAAGACCCCAAACAUGUGCGGCCUCACGGUCCUGUCGCUCGCUCUCCUGUCCCUUCUGCUGAUAUGCAGCAGCAGAAAACAGAUUUUCAACAGCCCCAGCAGCCGGGGUUAUCCCCAGCAGAGCAGCACGCUUUCCUUGCUAGGGUGCAGACACUGAUGGAUCAUUCUGGGAGGAAGGUUCGCAGGAGUGCUGAAGUCACCUGCGAUCCAAUUACCAUGUUUGAAGGCGAGGAUGGGUCCUGUGGACUGGGAGCAAGACAGUCUUUGAACGACUCUCGCAGGUAUGCCUCAGUGGAGUACCUUCAUAGCCAUUCCCUUGAUACGGACACACUGAUGUCUCCUGUGGAAUCCCGCCCUCCCUUGCAUGUGGACUUGCAUAGGGUUCACAAGGGAGAAAAGGGCUCACCAACUCGUCUCCUGCCAAAAGGUGGCAAAAACCGGAAUGCCAACAUCCUCUCGGCUGUGCUGUGCCUGAUCAAAGAGUUGGACUAUGCCAGCUUGGAGGUUGUCGAGACUGCCAUCCACUGUAGAAUGGAGGAAAUGGAUGGCUAAGGAAUGUCACCCCACAACACCAUGAAAGCUAGAAGGUCUUGGGACGGAGAAUUAUGUCACUGUAGCCCAUCUGGACGUGUGCUCUCGAAUGCGUAAGACACUAACGCGCACAUUGUACGUAGGAAUUUAAAUUCUAUUUCUUUGAAAAUAUACAGAAAUGGUGUGGGUUCAACACCUGUGCCCCAAAUGUGGACCUCUCCAAACUUUCUUACAUCAUUGUUACUUCGCAGUAGCAUGACGGCAGGCACAUGAGUUGUGUAUUUGAUGGCUUUCAAGUACUUGGUAUGGCAGUUGAUUUGUGACAUUCACUGUAUGAAUGAGAUUUUCGUAAUUUUAAGGGUGUGCUAAGAACCUGUACUUCGAACAAACUCUCUCACUGUGCAAAUGUCAAGGCUCUGGAAUGCAAGUGCACUUGUACCUCUGUAGUUCCCAUGUACCUCUGUCUGUGCCAGUGCUACGUGAGGAUUUAUAGGCUCAUAUUUACAGACUAACUUAUAUUAUUUAUAUUUAACUUAUAGUUAACUUAAUGUUGACAUUGCACUGCAACGAGGAGGACAUAUUAAUAAACAACAACGUAUGCAGUACACACUCUGUCGAACCAAGUGACGCACACAUCAUUUGCAGUGUUGUGGUAGGUAACAAGUCAAUGUGUGAGUUUGCAUCUGCAGCAAAAAUCCUUUGUUGUGUUGAGAAUUCUGAUUCAGGUCCUUACCACUUUGACUUCUCGAUCUGAACAAUUGUUUGUCAGUACAGUGAUGUCAGGAUGCAAUAAUGCCAAAUAGGCAGGAACUCAGGGCAGUAUUGAAUGUGCGUUUUCAAUGUUUUAAAUUACUGUUUGUGUUGAUUUUUGUACUUACGGAGUCCCGAGUACUCAGUUUUUAUACUGUGUAAAUUUUUAUUUCACAUUUUCUAAGCAAAUGAAAGCUUCGUAUAAAGUAUUCUCAUUUUUGGUUGUUUAUGCGUGUAUGUUCUCAAUAUCAGGUACAUCUCACUGGCCUUAUAAGCACGGCAGGAAGUACCGUCAACCCUCGAUUUACGAAUUUCUUCGCUUUAUGAACGGUGCCUCCUGGGACAAGAUAUGAACCGUCGUAUUUCCAAUAAGUAAACGCAUGUGUCAGGGGAGAACCUUGAAAGCCCUACCUUUGUUUGCUCACUGCAUGAACGGGACAAGUACGGACAUCCAGAUUAAUAACUGGUCAAUAGAAGCCAGAUAAGCAUAUACAUAGAGCAUCUUGUGUCCCACUGUCAGAGAGCAAAUAAGAAAAGCAAAUUUUCACCUAUUGACCACCAUAGAUGAUCUAUCUUUCAGGAGCAUGUAAGGGCAAAUGGAUGCAUGAUGAGGGUGCAAUGCAAUACUUCAAUUACAGGAACAACAAGUAAAGCGUUAGAUCAUUAACAUCUCUCCUGAGCAAGAUUGACGUAGGAGAAAUGAUGGUGCAGAGCUAUUGCAAAGUAUUUUUAAAAUAAACAUAAUCUGAACAAUUCUGCUGUAACCAGCAAUUGAAACCUUGCACACAAAAAAGCAAUGCACAUAAUAACACUUCCUGCACACAUCAUGAAGUAGUAUGUUGAUAAGAAUUUUAAUAAUAAUUAAUAAUGUUGUUCUAUCUUUGUGCAUUUAUGGUACGUUUUAAAUUUACUGUUAUAUUCCUUGCAAGGUGCACCUUUAGGGAGGCAUUUUGCCUGUUCGUGGGCACCUAAAAAAUACAAAUAAAAUGAAAUUAAUGUAUUUUCUAUUGUUCUAGCACUUUCAUGCUCUUCUGCUCAUACCAGUCCACGACUUACCAAUGAGUUCUCAAGAAACGUAAACUGUUCAUAAAUCGAGGGUUGACUGUUAGGAACAUCCUCAAAAUACAGCACCUUGACACUGUCAGUAUAGACAGAAAGCAAAAUGUGUGUGUUAAGAAAACAAGUCAUUACAAUGUACAUAUUUCAAAGACACUGGUUAGAGUAGUUGCAAGCAGAUACGCAAUGUUGUCCCAUUUCUUGGUAUCAUAACAGCAGGAUACAUAUCCUAAGGCACUGAGUACAUUGGAGUGACCCGGCUACACUUGUUGUUGUGCCCAUGUAGGUCAUAUGAGCAUGAAUGUAAAGUGCAUGUGCACAAGGGAAUAUUAAGGUGGUAGUAAAACAUUGUGACAAAAGAAAAAUGUUUCAAAAUAAGUCUCCUCACGUCCGUGGAAUACAUGUCAAAAUAAUCGUGGUGUGGACUUGUUGGUGAUUAUUUCUAACUAAAAGUGUUAAAAACCCUUCAGUGGAAUCUAGAACUGUGGACAAGGACAGUAAUGCAAAAUGUUAAGGUCAUGUAAAACAUGGGAGAAGCUGAUUUGUAUCAGGUUGUGUGUACAUACAUAAUUUAUUUAGUUUGCACCGCGAGAUUACAGUCUUGCGAUAUUUAUUUUGUAUCUUUUAUGUGACAAGGGAAGACUUGUUUCUCUUAUGUACCCCAGAGCUUCAUUCAGUUUUCGGUAAUCGCAGUUUCGAUAAUGGCAACUGUUUGGAUCAUAAUAACUGGUGAUGUAGUUGUCUUCCUGCAUGAAGGUCAACAUGAUGUGAUAUUUCAUUGCUUCCAUUCCAGUGUGGUACUUUAACGAACUGCUGCAUUUGCUGUUUGUAUACUUAGGAGCAACACUUCCAGAGGAGCCCUAUAAAAGUGUAUUGUUCUUCAUCUUCUGUGUUGUGUAAAAUUUCUGAACAAAUAUCAUUCUAAAAUAAAUGAUCCAUGUACAUUCAA